CUCCCGCUCCCCUCCCCUCCCUCCCUCCUGCCCCGCACCCCACGUGAAGCGGAAUAUAAAGGGGGGUGUGAGAUUAGAGGGGAAAGUGAAUGGCGAAGGACUGAAGGGGUCCCCCCUUCGGGUCCCCGGCCGCCCUGUUCACCCUCGUUCAUCCUCCCUUCCCGAAGCUCGCCUCGAAGGCAGGAGUGGCCCGCGCCUCCGGCUGAGGAGGAGGAGGAGGAGGAGAAACCGCGCCAGGCGGAGCGUCAGGUCCCGUUUUCCUCCCUGGCGUCUUGAAUACAAAGAUUACGGUGGAGAAGGAAAUUGCACUCGCCUCCUCCGCCCCCCGGUACCCAACACAAUGCACCAGCCGCCCGAGUCCACCGCCGCCGCGGCCGCUGCAGACAUUAGCGCUAGGAAGAUGGCGCACCCGGCUAUGUUCCCUAGAAGGGGCAGCGCUGGUGGCAGCGCCUCUGCUCUCAGUGCAGCAGGUACCGGUGUCGGGAGUAGUAAUGCCACAUCUUCCGAGGAUUUUCCGGCUCCGUCGCUGCUCCAGCCGCCGCCUCCUGCAGCAUCGUCUACAUCGGGACCACAGCCUCCGCCUCCACAAAGCCUGAACCUCCUUUCGCAGGCUCAGCUGCAGGCACAGCCUCUUGCGCCAGGAGGAACUCAGAUGAAAAAGAAGAGUGGCUUCCAGAUAACUAGCGUUACCCCGGCCCAGAUCUCCGCCAGUAUCAGCUCUAACAACAGUAUAGCAGAGGACACUGAGAGCUAUGAUGAUCUGGAUGAAUCUCACACGGAAGAUCUGUCUUCUUCGGAGAUCCUUGAUGUGUCACUUUCCAGGGCUACUGACUUAGGGGAGCCUGAACGCAGCUCCUCAGAAGAGACUCUGAAUAACUUCCAGGAAGCCGAGACACCCGGGGCCGUCUCUCCCAACCAGCCCCACCUUCCUCAGCCUCAUUUGCCUCACCUUCCACAACAGAAUGUUGUGAUCAAUGGGAAUGCUCAUCCACACCACCUCCAUCACCAUCAUCACAUUCAUCACGGGCACCACCUCCACCAUGGGCACCACCAUCCAUCCCAUGCUGGUGUGGCCAGUGCAUCCAUUCCUGGAGGGCCACCUUCAAGCCCAGUAUCCAGAAAACUCUCUACAACUGGAAGCUCUGACAGUGUUAUCUCAGCGGCACCAACUUCUGCUGUAUCAUCGGGUGGUUCACCUGCAUCUGUAAUGACUAAUGUCCGUUCUCCGAAUGUUACUGGCAGUAUAGGUAUCAGUUCGGUUACUGGCACUAAUACAGUGAAUAAUAACAUUACCGCUGUGGGUAGUUUUAGUCCUAAUGUGACGAGCAGCGUGCUAGGUAACGCUAAUAUAAAUGCAGGCAAUAUUCCUAGCGCUGCUAGUGUGAGUGUUGGGCCUGUAGUUAGCAGCGGUGUUAAUGUGAAUAUUUUGAGUGGUAUGGGCAAUGGUACUGUUUCUUCCUCUGCUGUUAACAGUGUCCCUAACGCAGCUGCAGGGAUCGCUGUGGGAUCGGCUUCAAGUCAGCAGCAGCAGCCAACAGUUAACACCUCAAGGUUCAGAGUUGUGAAGUUAGAUUCUAGUUCUGAACCCUUUAAAAAAGGCAGAUGGACUUGCACUGAGUUCUAUGAAAAGGAAAACGCUGUCCCUGCUACAGAAGGUGUGGUGAUAAAUAAAGUGGUGGAGACUGUAAGACAAAAUCCAGUAGAUGUGACCUCUGAGAGGGAGAGCACUAGUGGGAGUUCAGUGAGCAGUAGUGUCAGCACACUGAGUCACUACACAGAGAGUGUGGGAAGCGGAGAGAUGGGCGCCCCUAAUGUGGUGGUCCAGCAGCAGCAACCCGCUCUUCCAGGUGUGGCCCUUCAACAGAUGGAUUUCAGUAGCACUGGUCCACAGAGUAUUUCAGUGGUUAGUAUACCACAGAGUAUUUCUCAGUCACAGAUCUCACAAGUACAACUACAGUCUCAAGAACUGAGCUAUCAGCAGAAACAAGGUCUUCAACCAGUACCUCUGCAAGCCACGAUCAAUGCUGCAACUGGUAUCCAGCCAUCACCUGUUAACGUGGUUGGUGUAACUUCAGCUUUAGGUCAGCAGCCUUCCAUUUCCAGUUUGGCUCAACCGCAACUGCCAUAUUCUCAGACGGCUCCUCCAGUGCAAACUUCCCAUCCGGGGGUACCACCCCAGCAGCUACAGUAUGGACAACAGCCACCAACAGUUCCUACACAGAUGACCGGGGGCCAUGGUAAAUCAGUGACUCAGAAUCCUACGUCAGAGUAUGUCCAGCAGCCCAUCCUUCAAACAGCGGUGUCCACUGGACAGCCCAGUUCUGCAGGAGUGGGAGCAGGAACAACAGUGAUUCCUUUGGCUCAGCCACAGAGUAUCCAGCUGCCAGUGCAGCCCACAGCAGUCCAAGCACAACCUGCAGGGGCAUCUGGCCAGCCUGUUGGUCAGGCUCAAACAGCAGUAUCUGCUGUACCUGCUGGCAGUCAAAUUGCAAAUAUUGGUCAACAAGCAAGCAUACCUAUUGCAGUGCAGCAGUCCUCUACCCAAGUCACACCUUCAGUUAUUCAGCAAGGUGCUCCUCCAUCUUCACAAAUAGUUCCACCUGCUCAAACUGCGAUUAUUCAUCAGGGAGUUCCAACUAGCGCGUCAAGCCUUCCUCAACAAUUGGUCGUUGCACCCCAAAGUACCUUGUUAACUGUGCCUCCCCAGCCACAAGGAGCAGAAUCAGUAGCUCAAGGAGUUGUUUCGCAGCAGUUGCCUGCAGUUAGCCCUUUGCCCUCUGCUAGUAGUAUUUCUGUUUCAAAUCAGGUUAGUUCAACUGGUCCUUCUGGAAUGCCUUCUGUCCCAACAAACUUGGUUCCACCACAGAAUAUAGCACAAACCCCUGCCACCCAGAAUGGUAAUUUGGUUCAAAGUGUUAGUCAACCUCCAUUGAUAGCAACUAAUAUAAAUUUGCCUUUGGCACAACAGAUACCACUAAGUUCUACUCAGUUCUCUGCACAAUCCUUAGCUCAGGCAAUUGGAAGCCAAAUUGAAGAUGCCAGGCGCUCAACGGAACCCUCCUUAGUUGGUUUACCUCAGACUAUCAGUGGUGACAGUGGGGGAAUGUCAGCAGUUUCAGAUGGGAGUAGCAGCAGCCUAGCAGCCUCUGCUUCUCUUUUCCCGUUGAAGGUGCUACCGCUGACGACACCCCUGGUGGAUGGCGAGGAUGAGAGUGCUUCUCUCCUACCAGAGGUGCAAGGAGUGAUCCUAGAACCACAGAUACAGCCAAGACCACGGAGAGCUUUUGACGUCAGGGGUCCACUUUCUCCACUGAACCCUUGGAGGCAGAAUAUCCAGCUUCUGGAGAGAGUGGGAAAGGAUAAUAAACAAGUGGGUGCUUUCCAUUAUUUACUUGGGUUUAUUUAUAGAUUGGAGUGUCCUUCCAUUGCCCAUUAUUCUGUUGGUAUACUCCUUGGGUUCAUAUAAGAACCAAGUGGGGCUGCAGUCUGUUUGUUUUUCUAAGAAUGGUAACUAGUGCCCAUUCAAAAAAGAGACAAACUUAAUUUUCUCUCCAGAUAGUUAAAACAGUGGAUAACUUUGGGCACUUGAUUUGAUAAAUCCCUGUUUAGUCCACAGGAAUUUAAAAAUGUGCUCAUUUUAGCCUUUAAUGGUAUUAUUAGUGGGCUUUCUAAGUACUCUUUUAUAUUUUAGUAAUUAAGUUUCUGUAUUUCAUCUUUGGGCAAGCUGGACAUCUGAACUCUCUUAAUUUGCACAGUCUGAUGUCCAGGUUUUAUCCUACCCUGUUAGUGAGAACUUUUUGGUCUUUUCCUACCUCAAACUUUAGGACUUCAUAUUAAUUAGAUCUUUGAGAAGAUGCAAUGAUAGUACCAUUAUGGUUUUACUGUCAAAUCUAGGCUUCAUUCUUCAAUAAGAUAAAUAUGAAUGAAUAUAAGUUUCAGGAUAUAAUCUAUCCCUGAAAGCUAUGUUAAAUAUUCUAGAAAAAAGCAGUUUUCUAGACCCUAGGAAUAAUGUUAUUUGUGGCGAAAGAGCCUUGUCCUAGAUUUUCCCCAUGGCAUUAAGAUGGUUUUCUCUUAGUUUCUUUGAUGCCAAGGGUAGGAUUUGAUUCCAGGAAGUUCUUAUCAUCUACAGUGGGUAGAACGUGAACUUGGUGCCUUUGGCAAGUUUUCAUUUUUCCUUGGUGGAUUCCUUCUGUGACUCCUGGUAUCUUGAUAAUGGGAGACCGGUUUAUUUGUUCUCUAAUUGCCCAGAUUUCUUUCAACUGGUAAACAUCAUACUUCUUCAGCAAAAGGAACUCUUCUAGCAGAGCCUUCAUGGAUGAUAUCUGUCACACAUGCAGCACCUGCAGUUUGGAAGGCAGUGGUGAACGGAGCCAUGCAAUAUAUCUAGAAGACACCAGGAUGAGAGAGCCACCUGAUCUUGUCAUUUAUAAACUUUAAGAUUUACUCUGGUGUAUUCUUGGUCUGGAAAUGGAAAGGCUCAAAUAAGGAAAUUUCUGAUUGGAAUUUUACAUGGCCAUGAAAAUACUCCUUUCUAUUCAGAAGACUGAAAUAGAGAAAUGCAUGAGAGACUCUUUUCUUUUAAAAGCAGCUCUCUGAAUCUGUUUCACUUGAAAAAUUCCUGGAAUUGAAAGUCACCUUAAUGGAGCAGGCAAACCUUUUCUUUUAAUAGUAUAGGAAAUCCAAAAAAUAAAUGAAACAGUUUUUUGUUGCCUGACACUGAAAGGAAUUAGUAAAUAAAGGGUGAACUUCUUAAUUAUUCCCAAAUUACUUUUAAUUUUAGGAGAAUAUGCUCUUUUAGCUUGUCUUUUUCUGGUCUUGAGCCUUGCUCUUACUGGUCAAAAAAACAAAGAUUCCAAUAUAGAAGCAGAAGAGACGUCUUUUGAGAUCAAAGUAGUUUUUGUCAGUCUUCUGAAGUUAAAAAACCUGUUUAACUUAAGGUAUUAUUCUGCAUUGAAGGCAUGCUAAAGUUUGAAUGAUUCUGAAACAGUAUUUUGUAGGACAAAGGCAAUUAGUAGUAUUAGAAUUAGCUUCUACAUGUACAAAUCGUUAUCCACACUAUCAGUUGAUUGAAAUACUUUCAGAAUGUUUCUAUAUCUCUCUUUGAUAUCUAUAACUGACUAGUCAAAAACUGAUAGAAAGUUUUUAAAGGUUAUAUGAUUCUGCCAGUUUAUUUGGCAUAAAUUGAAACGAUAGAACUUCUAGAAUUGCAUUAAUAUGGAAACAUCUAAAAUGUUUAAGGAAUCUUAAAGGUUUCAGAAGCCACAUUUGCUAAGAAACAACCUGGCCUUUAGUCAUUUUUGGCUAUCUGUGAGGCUUGUUUUUUCCCUCAUUAUUUACACAUACAUUUUUGUAUGUGUAAUACUUAAAGGUAAUUUUAAAAGAUCAGUUUGAACUAAAAUUUCCUUAGAGCUCUGAAUUUCCUUAAAACAAUUACAACUUUUAUUCUUAUUUUUUGUUAAAUGUUAAUUAAGAUGGUUUACAAACACGUAAAAAUUAAAAAUAGCUGUACAGUAUUUUAGAACCGUGAGGGUAACUGAAAGUGAAAUUUUCUUGGAAAUGAAAGUAGUUGAACUCUUUGGACCACACUAUAAACCACUUUAUGGCCUGUGAGAUUAUUAGCCUUUUGUUUCAGCUUUGAAGAUGAAAAGUUAAUCUCUUACUCUCAUGCUUUGACUGAAUUUUAGCAGUGUUCCUUUAAGUGUGCAAAAGAAAUGCAAGUGCAUUUCUAUUCAUUUCAUGGCACUAAAAGCUAUUUAAAGGUGAAACUUUUUGUAUAUUAAUGUGAACUGAUUUGUUUAUUUAAACUUUUACUUUAUACAUUUUUCUUUCAGAUUUUUUUAUAUUUUGUGUCACUAUAUGCAAAAUUAUAUUUUUCAGUGUUUAUGAAUAUUAAAUAAGUUAACUUUCUAGAAUGACUGUAAUAUUUGUAUUAUGUGAUCAUUUGAAAACUAAUAAAUAUUUUCUCCAUAAAAAAUGCACUUACUGAUAAAUGGUUUAUUUCUGUUUCAGGAGUAGAAAAUGAAAACUGCAACAGUAUUUUGAAGUGUUAUUUUAAUUUUAUGUGUUCUCCUCUAAGUAUUUGAAUGUUUACCUUGUCCUUGUGUAUGUUAAUCUUUUUUUGAGAAAAAAAUAUUUUAAAUGGUAAAAUGAUUCUUCGUUAGGUCACCAAGUGCCAAAUGUGUGAAAUAGGUAAACUAUUUAGUCUGUUUUUAUACUUUUCUGAUUAACAACUUCUUAGCUUAGAAGCUUUAAUUUCAGAAUUGGAUUUUUUUUUUAAGAUGCCCCCUUUUUGUAGAUCAAUUUUCAAGCCAUUAAAACUCAAGCUAAUAUUAUAAACAUAAGGAGUAAUGUGGUCAAAUCUUUUAAAGUAAAAUAGAUCAAAAUAUAACCACUUAGAAAAUAACAUACAAAAGGAUUUCCUUUUCCCUGAAAAAAAGAACAUUUGAAUAUAAUGACUGAUUGAGGAAUUACCCAAGUCAUCAGUGCUUUCAGGAGAAGAAAAAUAUUUUAUAUUUUAGUGUUUUGCUUAAACAAACAAUUGUAGGAGAAAUCUUGCCUUAAGAAUCUCUUGCUUUUAAUCUUAUCCAGACAACAUGGAAAAGGAUAAAAUUUGGUUUUAAUGAUUUUUGCCUUUAUAGCUACAUACACUUAAUUGAAGCACUGGAACAAUUUACCUUUUCUAUGCAGAGUCAGCUAGAAGCAAGAGGAUUUCACUUUUGAUUUGAAGAGAAGUUAUACAAGAAGUAGAAUCCAAAAAUUAAAAAUAAAUACGAUCGUGUCCUAAAAUAGAAAUAAAAGUUGAAUUAAUGACAACAUAUGGAUUAAAAUGAAAUGAUUUGGCUUGGCAAUGAAAUUAUACUCUUGAAAAGUAAGAAUUAUAAAAUAAAUGAUUUAGAAUAGCUACUGUAUUUGAGGGAGUGGGGAAGGAAGCUAAAGUUCUUGGCUCUUAGUAUGCUAGGUUUGGAAAAGAUGAGUAAAGUUUUUUUUUGGAUAAAAUUAUGUUUUUAGAUUAAAACUAUUAAAAGUUUUAUAGUCAUAACAUUUCAAUGGAAGACUAUAUUUUACUUGAAUGCAAAAAAUUAUAAUCCCUAAGUAUAUAUGUGUAAAAGGGUGGGAUAUGUAAGUGGGAGAGCGGGGGAUUGUUAAAUAAAAACACUGCACCAGAAACGUCAAACAUACUGUAAAAAUAAUGGUGAAAUGAGAGUUUUAAAUAAUUUAAUUUUUAUGACAUGGAUUCUUCUCUACACUUUCAAUAGCUUCAGAAUAAAAAUGCUAGAGAGUGUUCAACUUUGCUUACCAUAUAUCUUUGAGAUAUGUUCUUUAGUGAGGAAACAGUUUUUAAAAUAUACCUUCUAUUUAAAAUAGUAAAUGUCACAGAAGCAGUGUGACUGCAAAGUGUACUAACUUUAUGGCUGAUUAUAAAUAUGUGCACUUAGCUUAUUUUACUUUGCUAUGUUGAAGCUAUUGAGCAAAAUGUCACUGCUUAUAUGUCCUAAGCAAUUUCUUGCUUUUUGUUCAGGUAAUUAUAUUUAGCCAUUAAAAGUGUUUCAUAUUUAGUGCAAAAAGUGAUUCACAUUUCAAAAAUAAGCACAUAGGUGUCCAAAUUUUUUUCCACUAAUAUGUACAUCUAAGAUAAUUAGAUAACUGCAGUAAAAACCUUAGGGAACUUUGAAGUGUGCAUCGGAGUUUUCAGGAAUUGUGAUCAAAGGGAUCUCUUCUCAAGAGGUAAGGCAUGGCAUAGGUAGAAAAAAUGUUCAAGAUGGUUCAAUGUACCGAGGAAGUAAACUACAACAGAUAUGCUUGGAUUUUCAGAUAUAUGUAAAAUUAGUAAAAUAAUUUUUCUUAAAAGAUUUCUCCCAGGAAAGAGAAAGGGAUAAAUCACAAAUUUAUUUUUGUACAACUUUGGAGUGGAUUUAGAAACAUCAGCAGACAUUGUACUCUUCAUAUGCUUGGAUUGCUAUAUUCCAAGGCUUCUUUUACCCUUGCUUUCUUAAUGUUUAUGAUCCAUAUUUAAUAUUCCUUAGGCCCUGAGUAGCCUUAAAAUACUAUACUUUUGAUGGGAAGUUGAGUAUAUAUAUUAUGAAAUUAUUGCCUGACUCCAUUUUUGCUAUAUUAUCCCUGUUUUUAUUAAAUGGUAACUAGGAUUUAGUAGCUGUACUGAGUAAUUUUCACUUUGGUUUGAGAAAACUCAAGUUUUACAAACAUUUACACUCAGGAAUCUGUUAUACUGAUGAUGAAAAUAAAACAUUUGCUAUAAAGUCACUCAGAAAAGAAAGUCAUACUGUUAUUCUCUAAGGAAUAGUAAGUUCGAAGAGUCAAGUGUAGCAUAAUAUUUAGUAUAUCUGGAAACAAAGGGAAAAUGCGGUAUUUCAUACAGAUGACCUAGAAAAAUGGUUUAGAAUUUUUUUUUUCUAAAAUUGCUACAGAUUUACUCACUAGGUGGCAACAUAGAAAAUAUCUAUGCUUUUUAUAACAACACCAGUUCCUAUAAAUUGGGAAAGGUUUGUUUAUCCCUCUCUUAUAUGUAGAACUAAUGAUAAUGUUGUGAACUAGUGAUAGUACGCACUACUAAAUGGGGUUGCUGAUUCUAUGUUCAAUCAAGAAUUUGCUUCCAUGUAAUUUUUUAAUUUGAAAAUUACCUUAGAAAUUAUCUAGUUUAGCACCCCAUUUUACAAGAUAAUUGCUAUCCAGGAUUAAGCUGAUAUAUUUCUAAUAGCAUGGUAACAGCCAAAACAUCUGUAGGACUCCGCUCACUUGACUGCAAGCUCAGAGAUCAAUACUUACCUCUACUUACUGUUUUCUCAUAUUGAUCUUAGUUCUGGACAACACAGAGCAACUCUUACUCCCUUCAAGUCUGAUAGCCUUUAGGUAUUUACGAUGACUGUUAGACUUUAUCAAUUCCAGUUUCAAGUUUUUUUCCCCCUAUAGGUUAAGCAUCUCUACUCUUAGCUCAUCCAUGUAGCAUGGAUUAGAGAUUUUUCAAAAGGUUUUGUGGAUCUCUGAAUAUGCUUCAGUUCAUCAAUGUUUUAAUUUGUGACACCAAGCCAACACAGUUAAGGUCAGCCUGCUUUUGUCCCUGGAAUACUAAUGCCACUUUUUUAAAAUCCAUUUUUAUUCAUUAAAGUGCAUAAUUGUAUGCAUGUUGAGAUUCAUUUGGGCAGAAAAAUUGAGAUUUACGAAAUAUUUUGUUUCUAAAAAUUAGGCUAACCUGUUUAUGCAUAGCCUAUACAGUUCAACGCAAGAGAAAAAUAUGACUCAAGAUUGAUAGCUGAGAUUUUGAGAAAUCAGUAAAAGUACAGUUUCACUUGCUGGUUUGCUUGCUUAAUUCUGACUCAAUGUAGUUACAUAUUAAAUAACUUGUGUGAUGUAAAAUGUUGAUUUCCAGGUUGUCCUUGGUAAUGUCAGGAUAGCCUGGGCCAUUGGAGCUAAACUGUUGACAUGUGACUGUCAUUGAGAAGAAAAUGAAUGUGUCUUCAGUAACAAUUAAAAUUAGAAAAGAAAGGCAGUGCUUCAGUGGAGAAGGUUAGGGUAUAUGCCAAACAGCAGAAGUUGAUGAAGAAGUACCCCUGGUAGUCUGUAAAAGCAGCCUAAGUACUAAUGCAAGCAUAGUCUUGUGUUAACUCUUGAAAUACAGAGCAAAUGCUGUGCUUUAGCAACAUUACUUUGGUGUAUCAGCAUUUUAAACUACCAGCUAAAUAUGUAAAUUUUCCCCUCAGUUUUUAACUUGAAUUCCAGGGAGAAAUGAGGUAAUUGGUGGUCUGUACCUCUCCUAACACCUCAGUUUGAGGAAUACUGGUUUAAUGUUGGGUAUACUGUACCUUACCCGACAAAGGAAGCAACCAUUUACAUGUCUGUCCUGCACACCGUUGGCUAGGUUAUUUAUGUGUAUUUCUUUAAUUCAGGUGACCUGUGAGAGAAUUUUUUCCAUUUUAUACGUAGAUGCUGAAGCACAGAGAUUACAAAACAUGCCCCAAAGCACAUAAUAAGAAACAAAUAAUGGUAUUUGAAAGUUUCACAUAAAAUGACUUGUGUAAUGUAAAAUAUUUUUCAGAUUGUCCUUGGUAAUAGAAGGAUAGCCUGGGCCACUGGAACUAAACUGUUUAAAGAACUGUAUCGCACCAUUAAUUGCCAAGCAUUUUGCCAAAAAGAAUGCCUGUUUUCAGGAAAAUUUCUUACAGACCCUUUUUGUUUAGAUAAAAGGAAUAUUUUACUUGGUAUAUAUUUUUAAUCAACUUUUUAAAAAAAGGUAGUUUUAAAUUUACAGAAGAAAAAAAAUUUACAAAAGAAAAUGACCAGAAAGCGCGGAAAGGUCCUUCUAUGUAAGCUAUUCCCCCUUGCAUAAUUUCCCCUAUUAAUCUUUUUUUGGUGAUACAUUUUUUAUAAUUAAUGAAAUAUUUUUCAUUAAAGUCCAUAGUUUACACUAGGAUUUACCCUUGUAUCAUACAGUUCUAUAGGUUUUGCCAAAUAUAUAAUGUCAGGUGUCACAAUUACACUGUCACACUAGAUCAUUUGAUCAAUGUACAAGUGAUCUGUAUUUUUAAUAACCUUUUUCCUCCUGACCUUGGCAGUCACAGGUCUUUUUUCUGUUUGUAUAAUUUUCCCUUCACCAAAAUGUCAGUAGUUGGACAUGUAGCCUUUUCAGACUGCUUUCACUUGUCAAUAGACCAUGUCUUUCUGCUACUUGAUAGCGUAUUUCCUUUUAUUACUAGGCAAUAAUCUAUUGUCCAGAUUUAUCACAAUUUAUUCAUCUUUGAGAACAUCUUGGUUGCUUCCAGUUUUGGGCACUUAUGGAUAAAUCUGUAAACAUUUGUGUGCAGGUUCUUGAGUGGACAUAUAUUUUCAGCUCAUUUGGAAAAAUACCUAGUGUAAUUGCUGGAUUUUAUGGUAAGCCUAUCCUUAGUGUUGUAAGAAACUACUGAACUAUUUUCCACAAUGGCUGUACCAUUUUGUAUUCCUAACACAAAAAGUUCUUGUUGCUCCACAUCCUUGCCCAACAUUUGGUGGUGUCAGUGUUUUGGAUUAUAACUACAGUAAAUGUAUAGUAGUAUCUCAUUGUUUUUAUUUUCAUUCCCUAGUGACAUACCUAGCAUCUUUUCAUAUGCUUAAUUUCCAUCUGUCUAUCAUCUUUGGUGAGGUAUCUGUUCAAUCUUUUACCCACUUUUUAAAAUACGUUUUCUCGUUGAGUUUUAAGCGCUCUUUGUGUAUUUUGGAUACCAGUUCUUUUUCCACAUUUGUGUUCUGCAGGUAAUUUCUAGAUUGAACUAUUGCCCAUCUUCAUUCUCUUAACGGUGUCUCUUACAGAGUAGAAGCUUUAAUUUUAGUGAAGUUCAUCAGUUUUUCUUCUGUGGGUUAUACUUUCGUCGUUGUAUCUAAAAACAAUCGCCAAAUCCCUGGUCAUCCAGAUUUCCUCCUAUGUUGUGGCUUCUGUUAAAUUUCAUACUUUUGAGUUUACAUUUAGAUCUCUGAUCCAUUUUGAGUUAACUUUGUGAAAGGUGCUAGGUCAGUUUUUUUUUUUUUUUCCUUUGAUGGAAUAUCUGGUUAUUUUAACACCAUUUUGGAGGGAAAAGCCCCUUUUUUCUUUGAUUUUUGCUUCUUUUUUUAAAGAUCAGUGGAUUAUAUUUGUGUUGCUCUGCUUCUUUACCCCUUAUUUCAUUCCAGUGAUCUUUGUAUCCUUUCACUAAUAACACUGCUCUCAAAUAUUAUGGCUUUUUGAUAAAUUUUGAAGUUGAGUAGUGUCAUUCCUCUUUGAUCUUCAGUAUUGUGCUGGCUAUUCUGGAUGUUUUGCCUUUUCAUAGAUUCUUUAGAAUCAAGAUGUUUAUAUCCACAAAAUGAUUUGCUGGCACUUUGAUUGGAAUUGCAUUGAAUUUGAAAUCAACUUGAGAUGAUUUGACAUCUAACAAUAUUUAAUUUUGCUAUCUAUAUUCAUAGACUGUUUUCCUACAUCUUGAGUUUUCAUCAACAUAUUGUAUAUUUCUCCCCUAAUUUAGAUCUUACACAUAUUUUUUAGGUUUAUACCUACUUCUCUCUUGGUGUUAAUAUAUGUGGAGUGUUUUUAAUUCCAAAUUCCUACUUUUCACUGCUGACAGGAAAACAAUGAACUUUCUUAAUCUUGCAGACUUGCCAUAUUAGUUGAAAUUUUUUCCUUCUUAGUGAUUUUCAGUAUGCACAUUCAUAUCAUCUGUAAGCAAAGACAGUUUUUAUUUUUUCCUUCUCAAAUCUAUAUACUUUUCCUUUGCUUCUUACAUUAGCUAGGACUUCCCAGUACAGUGUUGAACGGGAAUAGUGAAAGAGGGGACAUGCUCCUCUUGUUCUUGAUAUUAAGUAGAAAGUGUGUAGUUUCUUACCAGCAAAUGUUAACUGUAGUUUUUUUUUUUUUUGUAGAUAUUAUUUAUC